CCAAGCUUUUUUUUCUGUCGCCCUCUUGACUUUUUUCUCUCUCACAGCUUCAAGCCCAGAUUUUUUUUUAUCCUUUCUUCAUCUUUUCUUCGUCCUUCCCAUUAACUCUUCUCUCAUUGUUUCUUUCGAUCUUUUGCUUUUUAACCACCUUCAUCCUCAGGGCUGUCCAGCUUACUAUCAGCAGCUUGUAUCAACCCCAAGCUACCUGUAUCCCCAGCUCCGCUAUAGCUUCAUCACUGCGGACCCAAGCACAUAGAGCCAUACCCGCUCGCCCGCCGCCACUCAUUGCUGAGCACCUUGAAAUGCUUCAGCCCUUUACAGCUUCACAAAAUAUCAAGUCUCUUAUCCGAUAACCAGUUUAACUUCCCACCAACGCGGUACCUCACUUUUCAAAUAUACCCAGUUGCUUCACCACAUGGUGGGGUCAAAGAUGCCGCCCAGAACGUCACUUACCUCGACGUUCUCCGUCACCGACGCCAACAAUGAAGUUGUGUGUCCUCUACGAAACCAAGAUGGCUCGAAUUGCCGCAAGCGAUGCGUCGGAGAAAAACGAUUCCGAUCUAUGCAAGAGCACAUCCGCCGCGCCCACCCAGAGCACUACAUCCCCAAGCUCCCUGCGACCGAAGACAGCUUCCUUCUGAUGAUCAAUACCCCUCCACAUGAACGCCCAAACGACCAGUCUCCAACCUCCGCCCCGCAAGGAUUCCGGGACCGCCAAGUAACUUCCAACCGUGGUGAUGACUAUUCGGCAACACCAAAUUCUAUGCUCGGAACUGCCAGUGCCGCUGCCGUUUUGGCCGAGUUGCAUGGCAUCAAGUCUGAGCGCGAUUAUGAUACAGACGGCUACCAUUCUGAUGUGGACGGUCGACAUAGGCCUAGAAGCUCGAUUGAGCUUCCUUCAUUUCAUCAGAUUUCCCACCACGACAUUACUAGUGAUCCAUUCUCUGGCCAACGCAGGGAUAUUUUACCUUCUCUCAUGUCUACCUCCCCGCCUGAAAGGUCGUCAACCCUUCCCCCCAUUCAUCGCCAAAGCGGCCCUAACAGACCGCGUAAACACUCUGUGACGAAGCGCAGCAAGGAAUCUUACCACAAAAAGAAGAGCAGCCUGCACCGUAAUGACUGGUUUCGCCGUAUUCAGGAUGAGGAUAUUAUGAGACCUGGUAUGGAUCGCAAGGCUCUUUCUAUGGAGCCGUCAACCGAUUUUGGAAAACGCUGGGAAGACCUUAUUGAUGCUGCUGACCAAGCCGCUUCCGCAGCAGGCGAUAUUGAAGACCGCACUCCUAUGCCUCAAUCUCCAGUCUCCAUACAAGGCGGCCCUCCCCCGCUAGCAAGCAGCCAACAAUUUCAGUCAUCAAACUAUCAGGCAUCUCCCCUACAACAAGCACUCACACCACCCUCCUUUACACAAGAAGAGCCGUUCCCAUCUGUUGAGAGCGGCGAUAACUUCCAUAUGGGUUCCCGUGGGCUAGACUCAUCGCCUACCUCCUCAUCCCAAAACACGCAAAUCUACUGCGCGGCUUGCCAGAACGUCUCUCUACUGAAGCGAUCAUAUGCUUGCACAGAAUGUAUCUGCGGAUUUUGCGCUCCUUGCGUCGAAAUUCUAAUGGCUGAACACGGGGCUCGCCGAAAGUGCCCUCGAUGCGCUACCAUUGGCGGCCGCUUUAAGCCAUUCCAACUUGAAAUCAGGUGAAUGAUUUCUGCAUAUGAAACCUGUCAACCUCGCUCGUUACCUUCUUGGCUCGUUCAGAGUGAAGGUCUAGAUCCAUCCUUCACGCAUAUUAAUGUUUGGGACCGACAUUAUUUCGAAUCGCCUACUUCCCGUUUGGCUCUUCUUCCUUCUUCUCUAUCACUCAAUCAAUUUUCUUGCUGAGGUCCAGCUUUUGAAAUGCUUCUGUUUUGAUUCCCUACAGUGUUCGGCUGACUUGUUUUGCUACUUUCUUUUCUUCGCAGCCAGCUUAUCCAUGGCGCCCUUUACUUCUUGUUUUCGUUUCCUCUUCUUGGCUGUUUUUUUCUGGACGGGUAGCUUUGAUUUUAAUUAGGCUUGGGAUAUCUGUGCUUUUCUCGAGGUUCAUUCUCGCAAAUGGUGUUGCAACGGGAUUUGUUUGUUCUUGGUUUCCUUUUACGACUGGGUUCGGAUCGCUUCUUUCUGUUUAUGUUUGCUGUUUUCCUUGGAUGGCUCAUGAUUGGAUGCUUGCUGCCUUUUACUUGUUCUUUUCGGAUUCAGGUACACUCGUUUUUUUGUUUUUGAGUGACUGUCUUUCCUCUCUUUCCUUUUUCUUUCUGUGUGGCCUCAAUCGGACUUGGCUAUAAACGGGAUUUUGCAUGUACACUUCAAUGAUGUGUGUUGUUACUGCCGGAGUUUCUCAAUUAUAGAUCGUCUUUGAUGAAAUUGACUUCUUUGCUUUCUUGGCUGAACUUCACCAUUUGAACACUUGCUAUGUAAGAACAGUACAACUUUGUAACUGAAAACGCCCCAGCGCCGAUGCAAAUAUGAAACACGGUCUUUAUCUCUGUUUUCCUCUUUCCUGCGCCAUGAGAAGCGCAUUUCGGACAGCUGUUCGGUUGUUUUUACUACCACCGAGCUUGGGUCCCUUAAGAACUUCCUCGGCAGCUUGCUGGGCUGCGGAUGCACCUUUGGGUUGGUUGAUGGCCGGUCUACGGCGGGCAUUUCGCAUCGCCAACUCGUCCAUGUAUUGGCGCUGGAACUGCUCCGCCAUAAUAUCAUCUGCUGACAAGGUUUUGCCACUCGCUGAUGAGCCUGUUUUGUUCUGUGCCGCUGGCACAUUAUAUACGUCAA